CAGAGUUUACCCCGUGCUUCACUUAACGUUUGUGGCGAGACAAGUUGGAUAUCACAAGUAUAUUCAGCCCCUGGGGAGCCUUGUUGCAGAUUGAUUAUGGGCGCCCAAAAUACAAAAUCUCCUGUCAUCGACUUGGAAGAAUUCUUGAAGUCUUGGGCAUGGACAGUGUUUUCCAAAACUGCUGCUUACAAAUCAAAAGGCAGUCCUGCUUUGUCUGAUGUUAAUAUUGACAUCGUCUGGGACCGAGUUCAUUUUUCCACCAGCGAACCAGCGUUUGGGUUAAAACAGGGCCCUGUCCCUACUAACUCCCAGAUCGUGUUCAAGGCGAAUUACAGCAACAACACGACAGAAGUACAGGAACAGAAUUUCUCAACAACAAGAACUACAGUUGCCAAGGCAACAACUCUACUAACACGAGGCUUCACUCGAGGUAUGGACACCGGUAUCAAGAUUUCAAUCCCACCAGAGGUCGCUUAUGCCACUUCCGGUUUCGGCCACGAGGUGAGCAUCAAGACCGACGAGGUGAAUACUGUGGAACACACACUGACGUGGACAACAAACUCGAACAUUCGACUUCCGCCAAAGUCCAAAAUAUUGGCUCGAUUACAGGUUAGCGCGGAACAAUUUCAAUGUGAUUUUUCCACUUAUGUUAUAUUCAAAGGUCAGGUGGUGUUGCGUAUCACGGACAAACGAACUGGUACGUUCAUAAAGGUAGUUGAGAAUGACGUUGGGACCAUUGUGAAAGAUGAGCUGGAGAGGCGGAAGAUCAAAUACAACACUUCAAGUCCAGACGCCAUCACGUUGAAUGGCAAAACCGUUCAGUGGCCAAUUUCCGGGGAGCUACGGUUCAAAUAUGGCGUCACACAAGAUGUGCUUCUUGAUCCCCAAUAGACGAAUCGGUGAAGAACUCAUGUCUGUGCACAUACUCACUGUGAACGUGUUUUCAAAUCAAGAACUUUCGCGAGAAGUGUUACCGUUUGUCAUUCAGCUUUGGUACGUUUUCUGAUGCAAAAUAUCAAAUUUUAAAACUGCUGACUGUGAGAUAUAUUUAUCUAUCUAUCAAAGCAGGGUGACAUUCAACACGGAACAGCUAACUGUGAUAUAAACCAGUAAUUUUAUCGUCCAUCUGCAUUAACACAAUGCAUAUUUAUAGAUUGUCAUAAUACGUUUGUGAUUGUUUGUGUGACUUUAUUAAAUUAUUGUUCAUCAUAAGAAA